AUGACGCAAUGGUGUUUUGGCCCAAGUUUCAUCGAUCGUGUAUAUGUUGCUACAGGUGGUAGCUGUGUACCUAUCUCACAACAAUCCAGUAUCCUAAGUGGUGCUGAUAAUAAUGACGGUGAUGAUUUGAAUUUGACAAUACAACAACAACAACAACAUACACUUCUCUUAUCGCAAACAUUCCGGCAAGCUACUUGUCGUCAGCUGGGUGGUCAAUGGUCUGGUGGUCAUGAUGUUUCUGGUCAUUGUGUUAUGCUUAUCCAUGCUAGUCUCUUUCUUUGGGAAGAACUCUCUUGGGUAUUCUAUUCAAUUCCUGCUGCUACUCAACUCAAAAGAUCUCAACCUACUGCUUGGCGCGCUCUUUUGGCUGUUUUGACUCUAUUAGGUUUAUGGUGGUGGAUGUUGGUCAUGACCGCUAUUUACUUCCAUGGACAUUACGAGCUGGUUUCUGGUACUUUCUUUGGUGUAUUUGGAUGGGCAAUUUUGUAUCUUGGUCUUUUCCCAAAACUGACUACCAUUGGUUUACCUUCACAAUCGCUUUAG